CAAUAAACAAAAAAUACUUUAAAACAUAAUUAAACUUAUGGUGAAUGUGUAAAGAGUGAAGUUUUCUUAUAAAAAGUUGGCAUAACCAAAUGAUUCGCACAAAAAGAAAAUUGAUGAUUUGUCAGAAUUAAAAAUCAUAAAAUUUAUUUUGUAAAUCGUAGUUUAAGAGAAACAACAACAAAAUAAUUAAGAUGUCAUUUGUUGGAAGCAGCACAACUGGAUCAGAACAAGCUCAAGCUUUUCUGUUAUCCCUUCAAAAUGAUUUCCGCAAUUUAUCGGCCGAGACGAAGAAAAAAAAUCCACAAAUCAAAGAAUCAUGUGAAGAAGCUAUUCAGAAGCUCAAGUCAGCGGCUGCAAACCCACAAACACCUGUCUAUUAUGUUGUCAAUCAAAUAUUAUAUCCACUCGUGCAAGGAUGUGAAUCAAAGGACUUGAAAAUUAUUAAAUUUUGUCUGGGGAUGAUGCAACGAUUAAUAACACAACAAGUUGUUGAUCAAAAAGGCGCUCGUUACAUCACUGACACUCUUUGGAUGUUGAUGGAAAAUGGAAUUGAAGAAGUUAAAGUGUUGCAAAGUGUGACACUUCUUCUAACAACAAAUUCUGUUGUUCAUGGCGAGACAUUGGCGAAGACACUCGUGUUAUGUUUUCGACUUCAUUUCACAAAAGAUUCAACAACAAUAAACACAGCUGGGGCGACUGUCAGACAACUCGUGUCGUUGGUAUUUGAACGUGCAAUGAUGGAACAAGAAGAAUUCAAAGAUGAACCACCACGUGAAGUGAAUCUUGAAGAGUUAAAAGCAUCACAUGGAAUCGCUCCAAAAGGACUCAAACCAUGUGCAGCUGACGCGUUUCUACUUUUCCAAGAUCUCGUACAACUUGUCAAUGCUGAUCAACCUUUUUGGCUUCUCGGAAUGACUGAAAUGACAAGAACAUUUGGCCUUGAACUUCUCGAAUCAGUUCUUACCAGUUUUGUGACAGUUUUCUAUGAAAAUCCUGAAUUUUCCUUCCUUCUUAAAGAGCGUGUUUGUGCUCUCGUAAUUAAGCUUUUCUCACCAAACAUCAAAUAUCGUACAGUUGUUGUACCAACAACACAACCACCAGCACCACAUGACAAACCAUAUUUUCCUAUCAGCAUGCGAUUGCUUCGCGUCGUUUCCAUUUUGAUUCAAAAAUAUCAUCAACUACUCGUCACUGAAUGUGAAAUUUUCCUUUCAUUGAUUGUGAAAUUUUUGGAUCCUGAUAAGCCGACAUGGCAACGUUCAUUGGCUUUGGAAGUUCUUCAUAAAAUGACAGUUCAACCAGAACUUCUCGUCUCAUUUUGUCGAUGUUACGAUCUCAAAGAUCAUUCAACAAAAAUCUUUCAAGACAUCAUAAAUUCCCUCGGUGCUUACGUUCAAAGUCUCUUCGCAUCAUCACAAAUGAUUGGAGGUGGUGGAAAUUUACAAACAACGCCACCAGCAAUGAUUGCAGGGCUUCCAGUCGGUCCAGGAAUGUCACCGCAAUCAGGAUUCUUCUUUCGAGGUGUUUGGCUGCCACUUGUCAUGACUUUUCCAACCGGACAAUCAAAAUCGAUUUAUCUUGAGAUGCUUGACAAACUUGAACCACCAACAAUUCCUGAUGGUUAUGGAAUUUCCAUUGCUUAUGCAUGCUUGCUUGAUAUUGUUCGUUCGAUUUCAUUAGCAAUCAAUGGACCGUCAAUUCUUGGUGAAGAGAAGCCAAUUCCAUAUAAGAAUCGUGUGACAGAAGACGAUAAAACACUUCAUUGUCAACUUAUCAAUUCAAGUUGGUGUGGACUUCUUGCCGCUCUUACGCCACUCAUUGACGCCAGUACUGAUGAAGCAAUGGCUGAAUGUGUCUUAAAAUCAAUGCAAAAUUACGGCGCACUUUGUGGAAUGCUUGAAUUAAGUACACCAAGAGACGCUUUCAUUACAUCAAUUUGUAAAGCUUCAUUGCCACCACAUUAUGCAUUAUCAGUGCUUAACAUGGGCUACAGUAAUAUGAAUAUCAAAGGAAGUGCUGGUGGUGGACAUAUGAGAGCUGGCAGUCAAGACAUGAGUAAUCAAUUCAUGCAUCAACAGCAACUUCAUGAUGAUAAUCAACAAAGAUUUCCAAUUGUUGCUGUUGGAACGCCAUUGCCGACAAGUUCACUUCAAGUUGGUGCACAUCAAGGUCCAGUGAUGUUGACAGCGAAGAAUCUUCAAUGCAUGCGAGCAAUUCUUCAUCUUGCUCAUUGUCAUGGUGGCAUUUUAGGAUCGUCUUGGCAUCUUGUGCUUGCGACUUUGCAACAUCUUGCAUGGAUUCUUGGACUUAAACCAUCGACUGGUGGAAGUUUGCAAGCAACACAAAAGCCACCAACUGAUGCUAAUUCAAUAACACAAGUUAUGGCUGAUCUUCCAGUUCUAUCAACGAUGUUAAGUCAACUUUUUGAGAGUAGUCAAUAUUUGGAUGACGUCGCUUUGCAUCAUUUAAUUGAUGCACUAUGCAAAUUAUCGCAUGAAGCGAUGGAACUCGCUUAUAAUAAUCGUGAGCCUUCAUUGUUUGCUGUUGCAAAGCUUCUUGAAACUGGCUUAGUAAACUUAAAUCGAAUAGAAGUUCUUUGGCGUCCAUUAACGAAUCAUUUGUUGGAAAUUUGUCAACAUCCACACAUAAGAAUGAGAGAAUGGGGAGUUGAAGCCAUCACGUAUUUGGUGAAAUCUGCUUUACAAUAUAAAUAUGAAGUUCCAUUGAAAGAGAAUGCAAAACUUCAAACACUUUUACUUGGACCGUUAGCUGAAUUGUCGAGUGUUCCACAUGCUGAUGUUCGACAAAGACAACUCGAAUGUGUUCUUCAAGUGUUGAAUGGAACUGGAGAAAUAUUGACACAUGGAUGGCCGUUGAUUUUGGGAAUUAUUGGAACUUUUAACGAUCAUCAUAGUGAAGCUUUAAUAAGAAUUGCUUUUCAAUGUCUUCAACUUGUUGUCACUGAUUUCCUUCCGGCAAUGCCAUGGCGAUGUUUGCCACUUUGUGUCAACACAGCAGCAAAGUUUGGAAGUCAAAUGCAAGAGUUAAACAUCUCAUUAACGGCAAUUGGGUUGAUGUGGAAUAUUUCAGAUUAUUUUAAUCAAAAUCAAGAUCGAUUAGGACAAAAUGUUAAUGAUGAAGCAUCAGUUUUGCCUGAUUUUCCUCACACACUUAACAUGCCAAAUUUUGAUAAACUUUGGAUGUGUUUAUAUGCCAGACUUGGCGAUCUUUGUGUAGAUCCACGGCCAGCUGUAAGAAAAUCAGCAGGUCAAACAUUAUUUUCAACAAUAACUGCACAUGGAAGUCUUUUGAAUCCACCAACAUGGCAAGCGGUGAUGUGGCAAGUUCUCUUUCCGCUUUUAGAUAAAGUUAGAACUGCAUCGAAUGCUGCAAGUAGUGAGAAAGUUGAUACAAGUGGAAAUAUUUUAAUUCAUCAUUCAAGAAAUACCGCGCAGAAACAAUGGGCAGAGACACAAGUGUUGACUUUAUCUGGUGUUGCCAGAGUUUUUAUCACCAAAUUUAAAUUAUUACAAUCGAUUGGUGAUUUUCCACGAGCUUGUUCACUUUUAUUAGAAUUCAUCGAAUGUUCAGCACUCAGCAAGUCUAAUGAAGUGUCAUUGGCAGCUUUAAAAUCAUUCCAAGAAAUUCUUUACAACAAACCAAUUAAUUCAAUUAAAGGAAAUGGUGAAGAUGAAGAACUUUGGAAUGGAGCAUGGCGUGUCUGGUUGAACAUCGGCAUGGAAAGCACAAAAUUUUCAUUCUCAGAAUCCGACAAGUUAUCUGACGAUCUUUACAUUCCAAGUCAAGCGUUUCUUACAGCACUCGUUCAAAUUUUCCCCGCACUUUUUCAACACAUUAAUUCGCAAUUUACGAAUGACGAUUUGCAGAAACUUUGCGAUGUAUUGAUGAAUGCUGUAAUGGUUCCUGUUCAUAGUGACUCAACACCUUAUAUCAUGAGUACAAUGUCGGACUCACUUCUUACACCACUUCAUGAUGGUGUAUUGGAUUGUAUGGAAUUGUUACAAAAAGAAGCAACAACUAACAAUUCAACUCCAUUGAAGACAAUUGUCGUAUCUGUGUUCAAACAACUUUUAAGCUUCAGCAAAUUCGCUUGUUCACCGCCGUACUUUGAAAGUCGAAAGAGAAAUGGACCAGCAAACUCUAUUGAAUGGGUCAGCAUGAAUUACAUUCCAUUUGGUGAGAAAUCAUUGAAUGUUGCUGUCAAACUUUAUCAACAAACAGCAAAUGAUGAUCGAGUGAUAGAAGGACAAAUUCUUCAUGAAAUAGUUAAAGCUUUGUCACUUCCACUUGGAUUAAAAUAUAAAUGUAUGUCGUCGAGUACAUGGAAGUUGGCAGUUACAAGUUUAAUGUCAGUUCUUCAUUGGGGCCUUCCAGUUGCUAGAAAACAUCCCAAAGAGUUUGCGAACAUGUGGAAUGAUUUAUCUGACACACUCGAUAAAUUUUUGUUUCCCAAAAGUGUCUGUCAAGUAGAAGAUCGUGGUCUCGAUGAACUAGUUCUUGAUGAAGCCAUCGAUUGUCAAUUGAUUGAGCAACUAAGAGAUGAAGUUUUGCCUUAUUCUGGUGAAAUUCCUCAUCAGUUUAUAUUGAAAGUUGUGGUUCUCUUGAAUAAAGGUUCAAUUCAUUCAGCAACUGCUGCUGCGCCUGGUUGCGAAACUGAAAUGAAACUUCGUGAGGAAUUUGCGAAGACAUGUUUCGAAACAUUAUUGCAAUUUUCACUGCUUGAUGAUAGUGAAAAUAGAGGUGAUAACACAAGUAUUCAGCUAACGAACAAUGAAGGUGGAGUAGCUGGUCAGUUGGCAAUCACUGCACUCUUACAUCGAUUUGAAGAAGUUCUUAAAAAGUUCAAUGAUGAUGAGCGUCAAAGCGGUAAAUGUCCUCUGCCUCGAUAUCGUUUGAGUGAGAUUUCUUUUGUGUUGAAAGCAGUGGCAACUCUUGUAAUUUCCAUGAAGAAAGCACCACCAGAAAAAGUUGGAAAAGUUGCAUGGGAACAACUCAUCAAUUUGUAUCCUUAUCUCGUCGAUUGUACUACAACCUCAUCAGCAGAAGUUUCACGUUCACUUCGUGAAGCUCUUCUGCAAUUCUGUGAUCUUCUUCAGCCGCCAGCAAAUUCAAUCGUUCUCAAUGGUAGCAACGUAACUUUCAAUGGUUUAUCAUCAAGUCACUGCUAACAGAAUCGAUUUCAAUUUACGCAAGGUUUUAAAUUUUUUUGAGCAUCUAUAGAGUAGAAAAAACGAAUCGAAAAUUCAAUUAAAUUCCAAUUCUGAUUCCGAACGAUAAUGUGAAAUAUAUUAAGAAAUAUCUUGAAAAGAAGCAAUUAAAAUUAUUUCAGGAAUGAAGAUUUAGAUUUAAAAGAAGUCUGAAAAAUCUUCUUAAUAACAAACGAAAAUUAUUUAAGCAACAGACGACUAAAGAAACUUAUCCUUCCUUUCUUUCAUCAAAUCGGAAUUCUAACCAAUAGAAUUAUUAGAUGUAGGCUUUGACCAUCUCCUUUGACCGAAAGUGUCAAGUAGUUAGAACUGAUUCGAUGCCAAUAAUUUCAUCUAAUGAAGAAUUUAGUAAUUUUUGAUUUAAAUAAUUUUUUGUUUAGCUUAACGAAAGUUUUCGUGCAAUCGGAUUUAAAGAUCAUCAUCAGCCUUAAAACGUCACUCUUCAGACAAUAUGUAAGCACCCCAGACGAUGGGAAUGAUUCAAAGUUCAUCGGAUGAAAAGUUUUCUUUUAUAAAAUGGAAUAAAAUUAAGCCAAAAAUAUUAUUAUAAAAUUAAUUAUUAUUGUUCAAAAGAAAAUCUAAAUAUUUGAUAGGAAAAUAAUAUUUUCUUUCUAAAGUAAAGAAAUUUUUUGUAGAAAUGAUGAAAGUUUUAUUCGUUCUCAUUUGUAGAUGUGAUUUAUGAUAAUUAAAAUGUUUAUAAAUAUCUUUAACCAUCUAAAAGUUUUUCUUUGUUUAAUUCUUACUCAACAUGUUUUGAACUUGAAAUAAAAUAAAAUAUUAGAAAAC